GCUUUCAGCCUCCAGCCCUCUCUGGAACAUUUUUCUUCCCGUAACUUCCUUUUCAUUCCUCUAUAAGUAAGUCUGAAAAUUACCACCUCUGUUCUUCCCGUAACUUCCUUUUCAUUCAACUUGCACUUGUCUUUUGAUCUCUCGCUUCUGCUUCGUCUCAGUUCAAAUCAAUGGGCGAUCAUAGUUUCUUAACGGCCGAGGAAAACGGCGGUGUUUAUUCAAGUGGUGGUGCCGUUAACACUAGUAGCGUAUUGGAUAUUUACCCACUGAAUCAUUACUAUUUUGGUUCAAAAGAGGCUCUUCAGUUUAAGGAAGAGACCUUGGCUGAUCGCGUUCUACGCAUGAAAUUGAACUACGAUAUUCAUGGACUCAGGACCUGUGUACAAGCUGUGCUUUUGGUCGAGUUGUUCAAACAUCCACAUGUAUUAUUAUUGCAAGUACAAAAUUCCAUUUUCAAGCUUCCUGGUGGUCGUGUUAGUCCUGGUGAAUCAGAAAUUGAAUGUCUAAGACGUAAGCUCUCAAGUAAGCUAUCAAUGAGCGAAGAUGACAGCUGGGAGGUAGGUGAAUGCCUUGGGAUGUGGUGGAGACCUGGCUUUGAAACUUUGACUUACCCGUUUAUGCCGCCUGAUACAAAAAGGCCUAAGGAGUGCACAAAACUGUUUCUUGUGAGGUUGCCCGAAAGUCGCAAAUUCAUUGUACCAAAGAACCUUAAGCUUCUAGCUGUUCCACUCUGCCAAGUUCAUGAAAAUUUCAAGACCUAUGGACCAAUAAUUGCCGGAGUUCCACAACUGCUGUCAAAGUUCUCCUACAACAUGAUGGAUUAUGUCUGACUGGUGCCAUAGUACAAGUUAAAGACAAACAGGGUGUUCGACACUAUUCCCGUCCCAGCACGCUAUUUUAAGUGCCAGAUUAAAGUUUAGAAACUCAAUACAGUAGUCACUUUCACAUGUAUAUAUAUACACUAUGAGGAGUGUGUGUAAGCUAAGUCAAAACAUUCAGGUUGUUUUUUUUCUCAUUCAUCUGCAGUGUCUGUUUUACAUUUGUAUUGGCCACUUGUAGUGAGCAAAAUUAAUUGUCCACGAAAUAGUUUAACUGAUGACAUCCGUGUUGUUUUGCAUAGUUUGGUUGUGAAACAACAAUCCUUUAUAAGAAAAUUUUCUAUUAGCGUUA